AUGCUACUUUUAUCUCUUUCAAAACAUACUAACGGCAGCUCAAGUGUGCAAGGUGUCAUCGAAUCGGCAAAGAAAGGUCGAAAAGGAGCAAUCGAUGCCAUCACUCAGAUUUGUGCAAAGGGCGACGAGGUGGCUCUUGAGAUUGAGGGCCAGCGCAGUGGAUCUACAGACAGCCGCCGGGGUAGGGCAGACGGGCAUCUUGCCGGUUCGCUCGCGGUCGAGUCCGCCUUGCACUCGCCCGACCCCAUCGCCGGCUGCGAGGCCUUUGAGGAGGCCAAGCGGGCUCUGCAGCGAUUCCGAUCUCUCACGGCACGCUACGAGGCUACCUCCACAGACGCCGUCCACCGUGCGUCGUCGUCCGGACCCGCGGAGCCGAGAUGGAUGCGCUGGCGACAGGACGUGGUCGACCUUACCGCGCUUAACGCCAGGGUCAAGAGGCUCGCCCGUCAGGUCACGGAGGGACACCUGGCCCCGACCGGUUGUCCCGCGCUGACGGAGCCACAAGCAGGCGCCGAUGACCAGGAUCUGGCGCAGAUUGCCCUGGAGAUUCUGGACGAGGCGACGCCCAAGGGCGCGGCGACGUGGGGAGCCGCAGCGGCGCAGUUGGUUGAUGUCUACGGCCGCACAUUGAAGGAAACUUUUUAG